AUGUCUUACAAUUCUGUUCCUGGUGUUACUGUUCUCGCCCCAGUGAGCGAACCCCAAGCUCAAAUACUUACUGCAGAAGCUUUGGAGUUCCUUGCAAAGCUUCAGAGAGCUUUUAACCCUACUAGAAAGUCAUUACUUCAGCGUCGUAUUCUUCGCCAACAAGAAUUAGACCGUGGCAUUCUUCCUGAUUUUUUACCACAAACGGCUUAUAUUAGAGAAGAUAAUAACUGGCGUGGGGCUUAUCCUGCUCCCGGUUUGAUUGAUAGACGCGUUGAGAUUACUGGUCCAGUUGACAGAAAAAUGGUUAUUAAUGCUUUGAAUUGUGGUGCUUAUACUUAUAUGGCUGACUUUGAAGAUUCCAAUGCCCCGACAUGGGACAACAACCUUGAUGGGCAAGUAAACUUGCGCGAUGCCAUCCGAGGAACCAUUACUUAUACUAAUCCUGGAAAUAAUAAAAAAUAUGCAUUACGCAAAGAUAAUAAAAUUGCCACAUUGAUAGUCCGCCCCCGUGGAUGGCACUUGGAAGAAAAGCACGUUUUAGUUGAUGGAGAACCUGUUUCCGCAUCGAUCUUUGAUUUUGCUUUGUAUUUCUUCCACAACGCCAAAAAAUCUAUUGAAGUUGGUAUUGGGCCUUAUUUCUAUUUGCCAAAGAUGGAAUCUCAUUUAGAGGCAAGGCUUUGGAAUGACGUAUUCUGUGUCGCUCAAGAUCUUAUUGGCAUCCCUCGUGGUUCUAUCCGUGCUACCGUUUUGAUAGAAACCAUCCUUGCCGCAUUUGAGAUGGAUGAAAUCAUUUACGAACUUCGUGAACAUUCAUCUGGUCUUAAUUGUGGUCGAUGGGAUUAUAUCUUCUCUGUAAUUAAAAAAUUCCGUAAUAAUCCUAACUUUGUUCUUCCAGAUCGUGGUGAUGUAACCAUGACAGUUCCAUUUAUGGAUUCUUAUGUACGCUUAUUAAUUAAAACAUGCCAUCGACGUGGUGUGCAUGCUAUGGGUGGUAUGGCGGCUCAAAUUCCGAUCAAGAAUGAUCCAAAGGCAAAUCAAGCUGCAUUGGAUAAAGUUCGAGCUGAUAAAUUACGUGAAGUUAAAGCUGGACAUGAUGGUACUUGGGUUGCACAUCCGGAUCUUGUUAAGAUUGCCUUGGAAGUUUUUAAUGAAAAUUUAAAAACUCCAAAUCAAAUUUAUAUAAGACGUGAAGAUGUGAAUAUAAGUGCAUUAGAUUUAAUGAAUACGAAUGUACCAGGAGCUAUUACUGAAAAUGGUAUCCGUAGUAAUAUAUCAGUUGGAUUAACUUAUAUUGAAUCGUGGUUGCGUGGACUUGGAUGUGUACCAAUUCAUAAUCUUAUGGAAGAUGCAGCCACGGCAGAAAUCUCCCGUUCGCAAUUAUGGCAAUGGGCUCAUCAUGGAUCUCGCACUUCUGACGGUAAAACUGUUACAGGCGCAUAUUUACUUAAAUUACUUGAUGAUGAAGUUGCAAAAUUAGAAAAACAAUUAGGUCCACAACAAUUUGGUGCUAGUAAAUACCCAUUAGCUAAAAGAUAUUUAGCUAGUCAAAUUACUGGAAAAGAUUAUUCUGAUUUUAUUACUACCUUAUUAUAUGAUGAAAUUACAAGUGUUCAUAAUAAGGCUAAACUUUAA